AUGUGCGAAGCACAUCCUGCGGUUCUUCAUGCGGCAAUAGCAAUGGGUGCCCGACAAAAUCAAUUUGAAGAGGUUCAAACCAAACAAAUUGAGGAUCGAGAAAGUCCGUUGGUUCUUAGUCAGACUUCCAAGGCAGUAACCUGCCUUCGGGACAGUCUUGUCCGGGAGCAGUCGAGUCGCAUUCAUAAAGAAACAGUGCUCGUCACCUGCAUUAUUCUGUCGAUGCUAGCUCUCUUCCAAGAAGAUGUCUUCGCCGCCCGCUGCCAUUUUCUAUCUGGGUAUAGGCUGUUCGAGGAAUGGGUGGCUGUCGACUAUGAGAAGAGCCCCAAUGGUCAAACUUUGAAACAGGCUUUUGCUCAGGUUCACCUACAUUUCUGGACAUGUGAGGACCCAAGGAAAUUUGUGGAGGACCAGCGUCUGAUUUCCCCUGGUAUUGCUGAUAUCCACAAAAUGAUUAACUCAUCGGGAAUUGAUAAGUCUGAAAGAGAUAGCCACUUCAUGAUGGUCGUCGGGUGGCAGCUAGUGAGGAGCCACCCAGGAGAAGGGUUCGGUAUAGGACCUGCGAGUUCACCCAUCGGGCGUGGCGAAAUUGCUGUCCUGAGCAAACUUCGGCUUUGGCGAAGUCAACUCAAGUGGGUUCGGGAAAAUGGAGAUAUGCUACAACGACACUGCGACAUGUUGACCUUACUCGAGUUACGGAGUUUAAUUAUCAACAUAAAGCUGACUGUCGUCAGUAGUCACGAGCCCCUCGACCUGUCAUAUGAUGACUACACAACGCAUUUCCAGCGUGCAGUUUGCUUAGCAAAAGCCCUCCUUCGGUUUGGUUUCGAAAACGUCCCAUUGCCGGAGUCUUAUAUAGCGAUAUCUGCGGUGAAUGCCCUUCUAUGGUGUGGGGUAAAAUCUCGCAACUGGCUGGUGAGGAGUGACAUCGUUGCUCUGUUGAAUGCGUGCAAAUACCAGGAUUCCUGGAUCUCUGCAAUGACCGCAGCAUUUCAGAGGAUGAUCGAAAUCGAGUCAAAUGGCGUCAAGCAAGGGGAUACUAUUCCUCAAGAUGCUCAUAUCGAUUCUAUCAAAGUCAAUAUCGUAUCUGAUGAUUCCAAAGUUAACAUUUGGUAUUGCAAAUCUCGAUAUAGACUAGACCGAAAGAAUGGGCAUCCUAUAUCGGAAAGUGAUACCUUAUAUUUUUAG